AUGCUCGUGUCACUGACUGUGGGCAAAGUCGACGCCGGUGUGGCCGUCCUGCUCACCGAAGACAAGCGAUUGGUAUGGCCCCAUAGUCCUGGCCAAAAAGGAGACAUGGACCAAGAACUAAUGUACAUGCAGAUUGAGUUCCCAUCUAUCUUGCUGCCCGCCGACAUCACAUCAGGCUCAAUCGUCGACAUCAAUGUAGCACGCAACGAGACAGCCGAAGAGAAGGCCGUUCAGAAGUUCGACGCCCUCCAAGAAGACAUCUACUCGACCUUCGGUAUCCACUCACCCUCUGCUCCCGUCCUGCGUUGUCGCAAUGCCACACAAACUUCAGUCGUGCUCGAGUGGGAUCCUGUCCAGCUGGCAACAGCAGAGCUGCGUAGUCUGAGCCUGUACCGCAAUGGCAGCAAGGCCGGCAACAUCCCCCGCGACAAGCUGAGCACAAAGAUCUCUGGCCUGGCUGUCGACACCGAAUACACCUUCCACCUUGUCCUGCGCACUUCGGCCGGCACAUACACCAGCGAUCGCCUGACUGUCCGUACCCACAAGAUGACCGAUCUGACCGGUAUCACCAUCACUCCUGGCAUCAUGCCCCAGCAAUUGCGCGACGACCUGCAAGCCACCGUUGAUCGCAUUGGCGCGAAGAUGAUUGAUACCUUGCGCAUCGACACUACCCACUUCGUCUGUACAGAAGGCCGUGGUCAGGCAUGGGAAAAGGCUGGCGAUAUGAACGUGCCUGUCGUCGUUCCCGACUGGCUGAAGGGUUGCGAGCGCGAAGGACGCAUAGUUGGUGUCCGCGCCUACUACCUCGAUGCUGACCCCAAGCUACGGAACAUUGGUCCCACUAGCCAACCCUUACCGUCCCCUCAGGUGAACCAAGACUCACGACGCCCUUCGACGCAAUCACAAACGAGCAGCCAACCGCAGCCCUCGCAACAACACCUCCAACUUCAGCAACAACAACUCCGAGUUCAUCCACCACUCGCAAGUCCUCGUAUCGAACACACGCCACCUACCCCCGAGCAAACUCAGAAUCCAGAGAUUCCUGCUUCUNNCAGCCUGAUUCGGUUCCUGCACCUCCACCAAAGGAUAGCUCUGCCGACACCGCACCUCCCACACCACCAAAGGAAGAUUCCGUGCCCGAGCCUGAACAGUCCNAAUGCUCAGUCUAAUGCUGUCCAACAAAAGCCUGCACCCAUCUCCGAUCUUCCCUUCCGCAACCUUCCAAGCAGCAUAGAAGAGCAACCUGCAGAUUCAGCAUCCAAGGAGCCAGUAACUUCUGUACCGGCUGAAGAACCCUCUCCCACUCCAGAAGCCACUGCAGAAACCGAUCAAGCCGUCACAGAACCCGCUGCUGUCAACAAUCUCAAAGCUAUCGGUAUACCUCAUGAUGAGGAGCCACCGACUAAAGCACCGAGCGAGUUUGACGACGUUGCUCUGUGA